CCCGCUGCGGGUGCUCUGGUGUAGGUGCGCGCAUGCUCGGUGCCGCGCUGGUCGGUGCCUGGCUCUCACCUGGGCGUGCUCGCUACUCGGGCUGUCGGUAAAUGCUCGGACCGCCGCCGCGCUCGCCCAACGACAUCGAGCCGCACGGUAGCCGCCAGUGACAGCCGAUCGGCCAGCGGCGGGGGCGGGCCGAGGAACACCAAGCGGACGAAGAUGAUGAGGUUUCUGCGGAGAACGUUCGGACGCCGUUCGGUUCGCCGCUACAUGGACGAGCGGGAUGGCGGAAGAGGAGGCGGUCACGGCGGCGGCGGAGGCCGGGACGCCGCAACUGUUGCUGGCGCCGGCGCUGGAGUUCAUGCGGCCACACCUGUGCCCACUGGGACCAUGGUCCACAUUCCCGCGGCUGGCAAUAGUAAGUCGAUCCUGACCUGCAGAGUGCAGCUUCUGGAUGGGACGGACAUCAGCGUGGAACUGCCGAAAAAUGCAAAAGGUCAAGAUCUCUUCGACCAGGUUGUUUACCAUUUGGACCUUGUGGAGACAGAAUACUUUAGCCUGCAGUUCAUGGAUGCUUUACAAGUUUCUCACUGGUUAGACCAUACAAAACUCAUCAAGAAACAAAUGAAAAUUGGACCUCCUUACUGCUUACACUUCAGAAUAAAAUUCUAUUCCUCUGAACCAAACAAUCUCCGUGAAGAGUUUACAAGAUACCUCUUUGUGUUGCAACUUAGACAAGAUAUUCUCUCUGGCAAAUUGAAAUGCCCUUAUGAAAUUGGUGUAGAACUAGCUGCUUAUUGUCUUCAAGCGGAGCUUGGGGACUGUGAGCCUCUUGAACAUUCUUCAGAGCUGGUGUCGGAAUUCAGGUUUAAUCCCAAUCAGACAGAGGAUAUGGAAAUAGACAUUUUUACACAGUGGAAGGAUUGCAGGGGGAAAAGUCCAGCACAGGCAGAAUUAUGCUAUUUGAACAAAGCCAAAUGGCUAGAAAUGUAUGGAGUCGACAUGCACAUAGUCAAGGGAAGAGAUGGCUAUGAAUAUUCUCUUGGAUUAACACCAACAGGCAUAUUGGUCUUCGAAGGAUCAAACAAAAUAGGCCUGUUUUUUUGGCCCAAAAUUACUCAGUUGGAUUUCAGAAAGAACAAACUAACUCUUGUUGUUGUGGAGGAUGAUGAACAGGGUAGAGAACAGGAGCAUACUUUUGUUUUCCGGUUAGAUAAUUCCAAAGCAUGUAAACAUUUAUGGAGAUGUGCUGUGGAGAAUCAUGCAUUUUUCCGACUACGAGCACCUACCCAAACUAAAGAGGGACGAUCAGACUUACUGCGUUUAGGAUCUCGCUUUCGCUUCAGUGGUCGGACUGAAUAUGAAGCAACGCAUAAAAGUAGACUCCGACGGACAAGUACGUUUGAAAGACGGCCAAGCAAACGAUAUCCCUCAAGAAGACACUCUGCAAUUAAAGGUUCAAAUCCAGUAAAAUAUGGACACACCAGUGCACAGAGCAAUGCAGGAAUUUGUGGAUACCAGACUCCAUAUAUGUGCAACAUUCCCCCUGUUCAGCAGCACUGGCAUUCCAGUAAUGUAAGCCAUCCUUUGGUAUCACCACUAUUAAACAGCACCGACCUACAGCAAUUCAGUUUGGAAGAGAAUGGGGGAACACCAUUUACUGGGACAGCCACUGGAAGGCAUCAUCUCCCAAACCGUGGUCUGAUUACUUUAGAGUUGGAAGACACAGAUGCUUAUUCUGGAAUGCCAAGUCCAACCAAGUUGAGCUCAACCAUUCUUCCACACUAUGAUGAGGUUGGAGUGUGUUUUAAGCAGUUGGAAGUUGAAUCCAGUAAGGUCGGGCAAUGGCCCUCAUUGCAUAUCAACAUAAAUAACAAGGGUGAGGAAAAGAAGCUGUUAGAAAAGGGCCUGCAUUCUCCUGCAUCACCCUCUUCUCAUUCUGAUCAGAUGAAGAGCAACAUCAUUAAAGCUCAGAUGGAUGCUGCACUGAAGUUUAAGAAAGAGGAGCCAGUACUGAGCAGCCACAGUAAACCCUCAGGCACACCGGUAGAUGGUGCAAGGUGCCUGGAUACAUCACAAGAUAGCACACAAGGAACUGGUAUUCAGGAGAAGCCAAGACCAAAAAGUUCCCGUAUCAGGAAACUUACGAGACAAUACAGCUUUAAUCAUAGUGAUGAGGAUGAUCUGCCUCCUGCCUUAGCCGCAGCCACACGGAGCAGUCCUCCCCCAGUCAGUAGACCGUCCGCUACUGAUGUUCAGCAGUUACAGUACCCCACCUGCAUCAAGAAUAAUUCAGAAGAAGACCAAACAGAUUUGGCUGCUCCAGGGGAUCUACUGAUGGACUUCACUGAGGCUACUCCUCUGAUAAAGACUGUACCAGCCCAUCCUUUUUCACCUGUACAGCAAUUUCCAGUUGAAUUAACAGACAACAUAUUGCAGUGUUAUGACUUUCCACCAUCACCAGGAAAAUCCUCAUCUGUAACGCCUUUGCAUGUAGUUAGAGCUCCAAAUGAUCCAUCAAAAUCUUCAUCAGUGACAUAUGUACAUGCAUCUAGGCCUCCGACUAAUCCAGGAAAAUCAUCGGUAACAACUUUGCAUGGCAUCAGACAUCUGACUGAUCCAGGAAAAUCUUCAUCAGUGCUGCCUUGGCAUGCCACUAGGCCGCUGACUGAACCAGGAGUAUCAUCAUCAGUAACACCUUUGCAUGCAAUCAGAUAUCCAAGUGAUCCAGGAAAAUCAUCAGUAACACCGUUGCAUGCAGUAAGACAUAUGACUGAUCCAGGAAUUUCUACAUCAGUAAUGCCUUUGCACGCAAUUAGGUAUUUAAGUGAUCCACUCCCACCAGUUCAACACACCACAUCUCCAACAGACAGUGCUGAUAAUUUGAGGCGUGAGCUGGAUCGAGAGAAGAUAAUGAAGCGUCUUUUAAUGACAGAAUUGUGAAAACGCAGCUCGGAUCAAGUGGCAGAAAUGGACCAGGGCCUCUGUGUGCCUUUUGUCUGUUUGCAUUCCUUUUGAAUGUCAGACAAAGCAGCUUUGAUGCGUGAAGUUUGUUACACUUUCUUCAUUGUGAUUCAUAAAAAUGCAUCUGUUUUUUUUAAUCAUACUGAACUAGAUGUUUACAUUACUUUCCUGCUAUAAUCAGGAAGGGCUUGCUUUACAAGGGUCAGCAUAAACUAAAUCCUUGAUACUGCCUCUGUAACCAGUGUCGCCAAUGCAACAGUGUGAAGGUUUGCUUUGUUGAAACGACCAUUCACAACAAAUGUUGUACACAGCUUACUUUAAUUAUAAGGAAACAAAGUCUGUCUAUAUUUGCACUACGUUUUGGAGAAUAUUUUCAUAGGAAUGUGGAAAACAGUCACUUUGUAUACCUGGAGCUAUUACUGAGCCACUACAUUUUGAUGGUCUAGUUUUACGUGAAAGGAGAAAGUAAACUUAAGGUUUAAUAUUGUUUUAAAAAAACACUUGAACAUAAGCUGUAUAUUCUGCAGCCAAAUUAAAUGUUUAAAUGAUAGGAUUGAGAUCUGCAAUACGCAAAUUUGUACUUAACAUAUUUGCAUAUUCCCAUAAUGUAGUUAUUUAGAUAAAUCUAACAUCGAGACACAGACUUUGGCCAGAUACUUGUGCUUAACAUACAAUUCAUAGGAUGUUAACAGCAUACCACAAGAACUUCUGAACCAUGAAAGAAAAUCCUUAUUAAAAUGCCCUGUAAAUGAUAUUUUUCCAAAAGGAAAGUUGACAAAAGGCCAUGUUCAGUUAAACCUAUUUUCAAAUAAUUUUGUAGCAUUGUUCAUAAUUUACUGUAAAACUAGACAAUUUUGUCACAGGAUUUUUUAAAGAACAGUUCAGGUACAUUACUUCUCCAGUUUGUGUGUGUUGCGCAAAAUGGCAAGAUAUAGGCAUAAAUUUUAUAAAUGAUAUUUUUGGAAAACAAAUUUAAAGAUUUUUAAAAUUCAAUCUUAAUUGAUUUUCUUUGUUUUUUGAACAAGUGCUCAAGGAAAUCACAACUAUACUUGGGUUGUCACAUACUAGUGCUGGUGCAUAAUUGUUUAGUCUUACAGUAAGGCUCAAAUUUACAACAAUGUUUUUCAUUACAAUUUAUUUAGCCUGGUUUGUAGAGAUUUUCUUUGGACAGGAUGGGAAUGGGAGUCUCUCUUUUAAUCUACAAAACUUUGCUAUAAUCUUCAGACUGUGAGUUCAAAGCAAAAUUUCAGCAGAUAAUUGGGAGAUUCUCAAGAGCAGUGAUACUCAGAUGGUGGCUUAUGAGCCGCAGGUGGUUCUUUGAAGUGCAACUUGCUGCUCUACUACAGAAAUGUCUGAUUUCUGUAUUAGAAUAUGAAAUUUUAUUGUACUAGAAUAUAGUAAUUAUAUUGCAUUUCCCAUUAUACAUUGUUAACACUAGGACACCAGUUUAAAAAAAUUCUUUGAACAAUCUUGUACAUUCCUCUUGUGGACUUCUGUUUGUUUUUGUAUUUGGUGGAAUGGUGCACAGGGCAUACAAUAGCCAUGUGGCUCUUUUGGUUAAUGGUAAUUGUGAAUGUGACUCCAGAGUCAUAUAACUGAUUAUCAUUGGUCCAGAAGAAAUUUCCAGUGCUGAUGUCUUAAGAUUAUUUGAUUUUUCAUUAAGAUAUUUUUCUUCCUCUCAAAUAUAUGGGGAAGUAUUCCAGUACUGUGACUUGCACAUUGAGGACAGUAGACUUCUUCAAUGGUUCAUUAAUCAUUUUCCAGAAUGGUACUGGAUAUGUUUUUUCUGAUAUAUUUGCAGAUGCCUGUCAGUGCUAACUGAAGCCAAAAAAACAAAACAUGGUGUGAUUAUAAAUAUUUUAUUGUAAAUAAUAUACUUUGAGUAGAGAUUUGCCUAAACAAACUGGGAUGAUUUUUAAAAUGUUUUAAGAUGUUUUAAUGGUUGCUUUAAUAAUUUAAAAUUGUCAUGCCAAUAGAACCAGAAAUUUGACAGCUUUUGCUUAGAAGUUGCGGCAAAUAUGUAGGUACUUAAUACAAAGAUGCGUGAAGGGUGUAGAUUUUCACCACAUUAAAUAAUUUAAAUCAUGUAUAAUACAAAAUCCAUAUUUAUUAUGACAUUCUGGUAAUUCUAAUUUUCUUGGGGAUGGAGUUAAUAUUUUAAAAUUCCUUUAACAAAUUUGAGGGUAGUCUAUCAUGAGCUGUUUUACCAUGUAAACUAAUGCGUUGAAAUGAUGAGCAUUAACUCCAGUAUCUCCAUGCAGUUAUAACUCAACAGGACCAUGGAUUAUGUUUUAGCUAGAUAACCUCAAUUUAGGUACAAGUUAUUGGACAAAAUCAAACAGUAACAACAUCGGGUAUUUUGUGCUUCAAAUGUACAAUAGUUGUCAUUAUAGCUAAAUGCAAUGGCUAUUUACCUUUGUUAUUCGUAACUUUGCAAUGGUGUUACUGCUUUUGAAUAGAAAGGUCUUGCAUGUAGUUCAGAUACUGGAUAAAAAAUUUCUCAGCUAUUAAAGGGACAUGAAGAUGAAAAUGUCAACCUGCCAGAAUUCUGACCCAAAAAAAGAAAAUACAAGUCAAUUAACAUCAAAAAGCAACACAAAUGGCCUACAAAUCUUUGCUGGGAUUUAUCCUUGUAUGCAUAUGGUAUAAUUACAUUUCCCAAAUAGCUGUCAACCCCUUUUCUUUCUAUCCAGUCUGAUCUAGGAAGUUGAUGCAGUUUCUGGUUUGACCAUAAUCUCUGAUUUACUACCCUGUAAAGAAAGUUCCUGCCCUGUGUUUUAAAUGCUUUGAAUUAAAUCUCAUACCCAUUUCCCUUAUUUGUAAUUA